AUGCCCCCACUGAUGGUGGCAGCAUCGGACGCAGUGAUGCGUGUCACGCUCCCCGAUGCCGAAUUGUCGUCCGAAAUUGAUAUUCAAGAGAACGGUGUAUUCGUCGGGUGGCGCGAUGAUGCCACGAUCGAAGAGCAGCAGGCGCGCCACCUCUUGGUUGUCCAGCGCCGCCACAUGGAAGAGAUGUACGCAGACAUCGAAAGGGCACUGCAAAAGGGCAAAGCGCAUGGAAUUCCGGACGCGUUUUUGAAGGAGGGCUUUGUGUACCUGAUCCAACUGCUCAUCUCCUGGGCCACGAGUCAUAUGCCCCCGAUGGAAGAAGUGGUAAUUCAGCAGAUGUGCCACGGGUUCCUUGUCGUCCUGAUGUACCUGUACAACGUGUCCAUCCUUGGUUUUUUUCAGUCGUUCGGGCGGCUUCUUUGGGCCCCGAUUCAAUUGCUGUUUUUAAGGAUCUACAAUGAGGUCCUCGUUGAGGCUCCGCUUUUUGGCCAUCAA